ACGUCACGCGUCGACGCUGGGGACGUACCUGUCGGGCUCCUGACUCUUGCCGUUUCUCUUCCACUUCCGUGGGUCAGGGCCGGUCCGGUCCGGAACCUGCAGACCCUUUCCCAGUGUUCUAGUUCGCCCGCGACCCGGAAUAAUGAGCAAGAAGGGUGUGGUGGGUUGAAAGUCGUCCUACUUUACUCCCGAGUUAGAGCAUGGAUUCAGUUUUAGUCUUAAGGGGAAGUGAGGUUGAAGAUUUUUAUUUUUAAUUUUGGGCAGAAGCAGGUUGACUCUAGGGAUCUCCAGAGCGAGAGGAUUUAACUUCAUGUUGCUCCCGUGUUUGAAGGAGGACAAUAAAAGUCCGACCUGGCAAAAUUUCCGUAACCUCUGCAGUAGAAAACGUCAGGUAUCUUUUAAAUCGCGAUAGUUUUCGUUGUGUCAGGUUUUCUUCGGUGGAGCUCCCAGGGUAGCUAGGUUUUAGGUUUGAAACAGAUGCAGAAUCCAAAGGCAGCGCAAAAAACAGCCACCGAUUUUGCUAUGUCUCUGAGCUGCGAGAUAAUCAGACAGCUAAAUGGAGUCUGAGCAGCUGUUCCAUAGAGGCUACUAUAGAAACAGCUACAACAGUAUAACAAGUGCAAGCAGUGAUGAGGAACUUUUAGAUGGAGCAGGUGUGAUUAUGGACUUUCAAACAUCUGAAGAUGACAACUUAUUAGAUGGUGACACUGCAGUUGGAACUCAUUAUACAAUGACAAAUGGAGGCAGCAUUAACAGUUCUACACAUUUACUGGAUCUUUUGGAUGAACCAAUUCCAGGUGUUGGUACAUAUGAUGAUUUCCAUACUAUUGAUUGGGUGCGAGAAAAAUGUAAAGACAGAGAAAGGCAUAGACGGAUCAACAGCAAAAAGAAAGAAUCAGCAUGGGAAAUGACAAAAAGUUUGUAUGAUGCGUGGUCAGGAUGGCUAGUAGUAACACUAACAGGAUUGGCAUCAGGGGCGUUGGCCGGAUUAAUAGACAUUGCUGCCGAUUGGAUGACUGACCUAAAGGAGGGCAUUUGCCUUAGUGCAUUGUGGUACAACCACGAACAGUGCUGUUGGGGAUCUAAUGAAACAACAUUUGAAGAGAGGGAUAAAUGUCCACAGUGGAAAACAUGGGCAGAAUUAAUCAUAGGUCAAGCAGAGGGUCCUGGUUCUUACAUCAUGAACUAUAUAAUGUACAUCUUCUGGGCCUUGAGUUUUGCCUUUCUUGCAGUUUCCCUGGUAAAGGUAUUUGCUCCAUAUGCCUGUGGCUCUGGAAUUCCAGAGAUUAAAACUAUUUUAAGUGGAUUCAUCAUCAGAGGUUACUUGGGAAAAUGGACUUUAAUGAUUAAAACCAUCACAUUAGUCCUGGCUGUGGCAUCAGGUUUGAGUUUAGGAAAAGAAGGUCCCCUGGUACAUGUUGCCUGUUGCUGCGGAAAUAUCUUUUCCUACCUCUUUCCAAAGUAUAGCACAAACGAAGCUAAAAAAAGGGAGGUGCUAUCAGCUGCCUCAGCUGCAGGGGUUUCUGUAGCUUUUGGUGCACCAAUUGGAGGAGUUCUUUUUAGCCUGGAGGAGGUUAGCUAUUAUUUUCCUCUCAAAACUUUAUGGAGAUCAUUUUUUGCUGCUUUAGUGGCUGCAUUUGUUUUGAGGUCCAUCAAUCCAUUUGGUAACAGCCGUCUGGUCCUUUUUUAUGUGGAGUAUCAUACACCAUGGUACCUUUUUGAACUGUUUCCUUUUAUUCUCCUAGGGGUAUUUGGAGGGCUUUGGGGAGCCUUUUUCAUUAGGGCAAAUAUUGCCUGGUGUCGUCGACGCAAGUCCACCAAAUUUGGAAAGUAUCCCGUUCUGGAAGUCAUUAUUGUUGCAGCCAUUACUGCUGUGAUAGCCUUCCCUAAUCCAUACACUAGGCUAAACACCAGUGAACUGAUCAAAGAGCUUUUUACAGACUGUGGUCCCCUGGAAUCCUCUUCUCUUUGUGACUACAGAAAUGACAUGAAUGCCAGUAAAAUUGUCGAUGAUAUUCCUGAUCGUCCAGCAGGCAUUGGAGUAUAUUCAGCUAUAUGGCAGUUAUGCCUGGCACUCAUAUUUAAAAUCAUAAUGACAGUAUUCACUUUUGGCAUCAAGGUUCCAUCAGGCUUGUUCAUCCCCAGCAUGGCCAUUGGAGCGAUCGCAGGAAGGAUUGUGGGGAUUGCGGUGGAGCAGCUUGCCUACUAUCACCAUGACUGGUUUAUCUUUAAGGAGUGGUGUGAGGUUGGGGCCGAUUGCAUUACACCUGGCCUUUAUGCCAUGGUUGGUGCUGCUGCAUGCUUAGGUGGUGUGACAAGAAUGACUGUCUCCCUGGUGGUGAUUGUUUUCGAGCUCACUGGAGGCUUGGAAUAUAUUGUUCCCCUUAUGGCUGCAGUCAUGACCAGUAAAUGGGUUGGAGAUGCCUUUGGCAGGGAAGGCAUUUAUGAAGCGCACAUCCGAUUAAAUGGAUACCCUUUCUUGGAUGCAAAAGAAGAAUUCACUCACACCACCCUGGCUGCUGACGUCAUGAGACCUCGAAGGAACGAUCCUCCCUUAGCUGUCCUGACACAGGACAAUAUGACAGUGGAUGAUAUAGAAAACAUGAUUAAUGAAACCAGCUACAAUGGAUUUCCUGUCAUAAUGUCAAAAGAAUCUCAGAGAUUAGUGGGAUUUGCCCUCAGAAGAGACCUGACAAUUGCAAUAGAAAGUGCCAGGAAAAAACAAGAAGGUAUUGUUGGCAGUUCUCGGGUGUGUUUUGCACAGCACACCCCAUCUCUUCCAGCAGAAAGUCCUCGGCCAUUGAAGCUUCGAAGCAUUCUUGACAUGAGCCCUUUUACAGUGACAGACCACACCCCAAUGGAGAUUGUGGUGGAUAUUUUCCGAAAGCUGGGACUGAGGCAGUGCCUUGUAACUCACAAUGGGAUUGUCUUGGGGAUCAUCACAAAGAAGAACAUAUUAGAGCAUCUCGAGCAACUAAAGCAGCACGUCGAACCCUUGGCGCCUCCUUGGCAUUAUAACAAAAAAAGAUAUCCUCCGGCAUAUGGCCCAGACGGCAAACCAAGACCCCGCUUCAAUAAUGUUCAACUGAAUCUCACAGAUGAGGAGAGAGAAGAAACAGAAGAGGAAGUUUAUUUGUUGAAUAGCACAACUCUUUAACCCGAGGGAGUCGUCUACUUUUUUUUCCUCUGUUACAAAAAAAGAAAAAAAAGGAAAUAUAAAAGCCGGGUUUUUGCAACGUGGUUUGCAAAUAAUGCUGGUGGAAUGGAGGAGUUGUUUGGGGAGGGAAAGGAGAGAAAAGGAAAGGAGUGAGGUAUUUCCCGCCUAACAGAAAGCAGUAUAUCAACUCCUAUUGUUCUGCACUGGAUGCAUUCAGCUGAGGAUGUGCCUGAUAGUGCAGGCUUGCGCCUCGACAGAGAUGACAGCAGAGUCCUCGAGCACCUGGCCUGUUGCUCCAACAUUGCAAAGACACAUUAUCAGUCCCUAUUUCUGGAGGGAUUGCUUUGAAUUGAGCCAUCUAUAAAACUGCAAGGUCUUGCCCUUUUUUUUAAAUCAAAACUGUUCUGUUUAAUUCAUGAAUUGUAUAGUUAAGCAUUACCUUUCUACAUUCCAGAAGAGCCUUUAUUUCUCUCUCUCUCUCUCCUGAGCUGUAACAAAGCCUCUUUAAAUCGGUGUACCCUUUUGAAGCAGUCCUUUCUCAUAUUGAGAUGUACUGUGAUUUUACUGAGGUUUCAUCACAAGAAGGGAGUGUUUCUUGUGCCAUUAACCAUGUAGUUCGUACCAUCACUAAACGCUUGGAACAGUACACAUGCACCACAACAAAGGUUGAUCAAACAGGUAAAAUCUCGAAGGAGGCCUGAACGAAAUCUCUCAUUGUGUGCCAUGUGGCUCAAAACCGAAAACAAUGAAGCUUGGUUUUAAAGGAUAAACAGUUUUCUUUUUUGUUUUCCUCUCAGACUUUAUGGAUAAUGUGACCUGGUCUUAUGCAAAUUUUCUAUUUCUAAAACUACUAUGAUAUACAAGUGCUGUUCAGCAUAAUUAAACAAAAUGCUGCUGCUUUGACAGUAAAGAGAAGGAAGUAUUCUGUUUAGCUGUAUCUGGUAUUAAUUGCAUGUUAAAACACUGGAAUUUUUAAAAUUGAAAUUAGAUCAGUCAUUCUUUUCUUUUCUCAAGAUAUCACAUGGCUGACACUGAAGAAGAAAUGUAAUUCAUAACUUGCACUAAAUGUAUAUUUUUUUUCUUAAAAAUUUACCAUUCUUAUUUAUAUUUUUAUGGAUUAAAAUUUAUAAAAUACAGAUCA